GGUCCAAACAAAAUGUCCUUAGAUCGCUAGGAGAAUUCAGUUGUUCUAGUUAAAGGGUUGGAACACUUUCUUCUCAGCUGAUUUAAAAAGCCAUUUUCCCGAGAGUGUAAAUACACCUGUUGCAUUCAAUACCAAUGUGCGCAUAAUGAGUUCGAGAUCAGAUGAACAUGAUGAGCAUAGCGAAACUACUAUCAAAGCUGAAAUUCAGAAAACACUGCUCUCUAUUAAUGACACAACGAACAAAAUAAAAAGUGAACUUAAUGCAAUUAAUGUUCUUACUAAGAAAAAUGGACAACUCCAUAUAGCAGUAACUGAAGCAAAUGAAAUAUUGAUCAAAGUGGCCAAAGACAUGAACAUAAGCAAAAUUGAAAACUUUUUAAAUGAUGAUAAAGAAGAUAAUGAAGCGGUACUUCAUUUUGGAAAUGUUUUUUCUUCAUCUGCCUUUCAAGAAAAGAUAUUGCAAUGUUUAAAUGAUGUAUAAUUAUAAAUUUUAUUACUAGGUCUUUUGUGUAUAUAUUUUUAAGAAGCAACAUUAUUAUUUUGUAGAAAAAUACAGAAAAUAUAUACAAAUUUUAUCUGUAUUACUCGUGAAAAAUACCUUUUUAUACAAUGAAUAAAUUUAAAGCUUUGAUUCUGUUAACCAACUAAAUUUUUGUUCUUUACGAUCAGCCUGAGGAUUGAUCAUAAUGUUUAUCAAACUUGGAGCAUCACUGACCUGUAACAAAAAUCAUUAUACCAUUAAAAUAAUUCUUACAGAUACUAUACAUUAAACAUAUAUUAAUUUUA